UAAUGUCUCUAUAUCACUCACAUUGACAAUAAGAAAAGUGCUAAUCUAUAGCUGGUGGCAAAAUCAAACAUAUAGCAAUUAAGCGAGGCACUUGUCAAUCAAGCUUACUUCACCUUACCCCCACAACCGCAUGGGGAAAUCACCGAGACGGCGGGGAAUUUCCGUUCUCGGGUCGGGCCACGAUAUCUUGGAGAUAUUAUUACUCAUCGCAACAAGAGAAGCGGUCAAUCACUGAUAAUUCGGAAUUUCUGAAAAUUUCAGGCUAAAGUGCCGGAAUAAUCAAGAGGCGGCGGUCGCACUUUCUCUCGAUUCCUCUGCACACUACGCUAAAAGUCGAGGGUUGUAGGUAUCGCCAACACAUCAAUUGAUGCCUGAGAACAGGUAAUUCUUUGUCGAAAUGGCUGCACAGCUUGCUGCUCUUUUUGAUGUCGAGAGCUCUCAUCCGACACAGCCCCCAGCUGCAGUUCGCAAGCACAACACUCACGUUGCGUCGUCGCCCAUCGAUCAUGAAUUAGAGGACCUACACCUGAAUACAUCACAUCUGACAUCCAACGACCAAGCGCUAUCUCGAGUCUCGCGAUCAUCGAUUCAAGCCCCGUCUGAUCUGGAGAGCCUCCCACCGACACCGGGAACUCCCAAUAGCGAACGAAAUCACCAUGAAUCAGAAUCCACCGCAGCAGAAAUGGUGCAGAGCAUUUCAAAUCCACCCAGGAACAAAUGGCGGUUUGCUAGCGCGUGCUUGAUGUUCUUGUCAAAUGGAAUGAGCGACAGUGCCCCUGGUGCCUUGAUUCCGUAUAUGGAGACCAACUAUCACAUUGGCUAUGCUAUUGUUUCGUUGAUUUUCGUUGCUAAUGCUGCCGGGUUUAUUUUGGCGGCGCCGUUGACUCAUUUAAUGGAAGGCCGAUACGGUCGUUCGCGAACUGCUAUCUUUUGCCAGGCGCUCCUGGUCGCUGGCUUCCUGAUCACUGCAUGCAAGUCACCAUUUCCAGCAGUGGUGACGAGUUUCUUCCUCAUUGGUCUAGGCGUUGCUAUCAACCUUGCCUUGAACAAUGUUUUUCUGGCCAACCUGGUGAACGGGACUGAAAUCCUGGGUAUCGGCCAUGGCUCAUAUGGUGUGGGAGGAACCAUAGCACCUUUAAUCGGCACGGCAAUGGCGUCGCAUGGAAUUCAUUGGUCGUACUUUUACUUCAUUACACUGAGCCUGGCCACCUUCAAUUUGUUUUUCGCUGGCUGGGCUUUCAAGGGGUUUGGGAAAGAGAUGUCAAUUAUGCCUACAGCUACACUCCAGAGAACAACUUCAGCCCCUGCAGUGAAAAAAAAUAUACUCGCGAAAGCACUUAAGAGCAGAGUGACAUUACUUGGCGCAAUUUUUAUCUUCACGUACCAAGGCGCCGAAGUUGCCAUCUCAGGCUGGAUUGUGUCUUACCUGAUCAAUUAUCGAGAUGGAGAUCCUUCUCACGUCGGUUAUGUCAGCGCUGGCUUUUGGGCAGGCAUAACAAUUGGCCGCUUCGUCUUAAGCUAUCCAGCCCGCAGACUUGGGGAAAAAGUGGCUGUACUAGUGCUGGUCGCUGGUGCUAUUGCUUUUCAAAUCAUGACGUGGCUGAUCCCCAACAUCAUUGGGCAAGCCGUUACUGUGUCGGUUCUCGGUUUACUGCUUGGGCCUGUGUAUCCGUGUGCCACGGUGGUGUUCAACCGACUCCUGCCACGAGAGAUUCAGACUGCGAGCCUGAGUUUCAUCAGUGCCAUGGGCAGUAGCGGGGGCGCCGUUGCGCCGUUCGUCACUGGGUUGCUUUCCCAAAGCCUCGGGACGGUUGUUUUGCAUCCUAUCUGUCUAGUUUUGUACGGUGUGAUGGUUGCCUCUUGGUGUUGCUUGCCGAAAAUGGCCAAGCGAUCCGAGUAGACUUCGGGUCCGCAGUGGAAGAACGAGAAUGCUUAGCAACUGAAGUUCAAUCGGCAUCAGCCGAUCCGACAAAUUCAGAUAUCGCCAUGUCUCACUCCCAAGCCACAUGAUGCGAGGCCCACAAAAGCGCCUGUCGAAUUCUAGUCGGGGGCUUGCUCAAACUGACUGCAUGAAGCCAGCCCUAGGUUGAAAGAAUCAAUCAAAAGCCGCUGAUCGGCAGUUCG